CCUGAAGAGAAGUCUCUCAACAGUACAAGUGGAAUUCUUAGUCCUUUAGUGGCGCCGUUGCUGCUACUGCCUCCUCUUCAUAACUUAAUUAACUGUACAGGACCCAAUACAUAUAAAUAUAUAUUCUAGUUUUUCUUCAUGAAAACAUAUCAUAAUGAAAUGGACCAGAACCCUUCUGCUAAUUUCAGAAUUCUGCUCUAUCACACUGGCGUUUUCCAAUUUCCACUACAUUGCGCUUAAGAAGACCCAUGAAGAAGCAAAGGACUACUGUCGACGGACACACACGGACCUUGCCACUAUCAACAACGUAACAGAUAUGAGGGAUCUGAUUGCCUCUGUUCCAAAUGACACCAUCAGAGCCUGGAUAGGACUGGAGCUGGGAGAUGUAUCGAGGUGGCAUUGGGCUUGGCCUAACCAAAAAGUCGAUUUCUUUAAUUGGAAGGUGGGAAAUCCACAAGGAUUGGCUCAACAUUCAUGUGGAGCUAUGGAUUCACAAGGAGAAUGGUUUGAAAGUGAGUGUGAAACCAAGAGGAGCUUUGUUUGUCACAGCAACAGUAAUGCUCCAAGCAACUCCAUUUUUGUUGCCAACACGAAAUCAUGGAGGGAUGCCCAAAAGCACUGCAGGGAUUUAUCUUUGGAUCUGGUCAGUGUAAACUCAGCAGAAGAGAACAAGGAAGUCCGGAACGUGUCCACGGCUCAAAACAUAUGGAUCGGCCUCUUUCGAGAUUCCUGGAGGUGGUCCGACGGGAGCGAGUCAUCAUUCCGCUACUGGAAACAACAGCAACCUAACAAUCGUGAUCAAGAUUGUGUUGCUGCUGUAUUCAAAGAUGGCGGACAGUGGAAUGAUCUGAAAUGUGGCAGUCAACACAACUUUGUCUGCCAAGGCUCCAGGAAAGUUCCAGAAGUGGUUCCAUUUAAUUCCACAGCAUCUACUUCUACCCAACAAUCAAGUACAGACGAUGAUUCUGGAUUUACGACGCAGGUGGGGACACUGAACGCAACACAGUCAUCCACUGUAACACCCCCUGGGAGUAGUCCUCCUUUGACUUCAGAAAACCUAAUAUUAAUUCGUGAAAACAUGACUUGGAUGGACGCCUUGAGUUACUGCAGAGAGCAUUACGUGGACCUCGUCUACAUCACCGGGCAAAGGACUCAGGAUCAAGUGGCGCAGAUGGCACAGAAUGCCACAUCAUCCCACGUUUGGCUCGGCCUGCGCUACACUUGCACCUUCGACCUUUGGUUUUGGAGCGGUUCGGCCUCUGACUGUUACCAGAACUGGGCUCCUGGACAAGGUCCACCAGAGCGUGCUCAUGAAUGUGGAGUAACUGGUGCCAUGUUGACCACAGGGAGGCAGCAAUGGGUGGGCUUGCCUGAGACACAGCAACUGAACUUCAUCUGCAAGGACUGUCCUGGAUAAGAAAGAUUUUUAAAUUUGCCUCCAGAUUUUCGUCACAGGUUUCAUCUCGCUGCCAUUCGCUUGUUCCACUAGAGCGGCGCAUUAGUGUGAGAGGAUACUCGAGGUCUGCCUCCUUCAUUGUUUAACGUGAAUGUCAUUAAAUAUGAAAACACUGCGGCAAGCCGGCCGACACAUUCAUGAGCAGAGAGAGUGACAUGAGAACAUUGAUCCGCUGCUUUCACCCAGGGGUUAAUAUUUGCAUGUUGACCCCGACUGCUUGUGCUCAAGAUGCUUUUUUUAGGACCACCAUGGAUUCGAUGCAGACAGCUUGCUGCCCCCCAGUGACCUUGUCCACAGCGCUGAGGUCUACGGCGAUCAGCCAUAACCGUGGGAAUUGUUCUCAAUAUUCUUAACUGCUUUACUGAUCAUUUAAUUGUGGGAAAAAAGGAAAAAGUGUUAUCUGCAAAAUAGAAUAAAAUAAAUGCAAAAACGUAA